AUGUUACCUUGGUAUGCUAAUACGCUUCACGUUUCACCGAAGUCGGAGAGCGUAGCUGCAUCUGCUAUUAAGUUGAAGGACAAAAUCUGGCUUCGUGAGAUUUUCCUUGCUGACUUGGCUCAUUUGUCUCCUCACGUUUUUUAUUGUGAGGAGACCGUUCAGGAGCGGUCGUCUGAGGACCGCUCCUGCCCCACUCUGAAAACGAAAAUCUCUGAUCUUACCAAAAGUUUUCAGGAAUAUGGGAUCGCAAGACAGGACGGCGCAAGUAGUUCAUCGCAUCAACAAUUGAGGCGGACAUAUUCCCAUGUUGUCGAGGAUGACUUUGUUGGAUUGGAGGAUGAUGUUGAGAUGCUGGUAAAGCAUCUGUUGAGGGGAGGCGAUCAUGAUCAUGAUCAUGAGAUUGAUCAACGCUUUAGAGUUGUCUCCAUCUGUGGGAUGGGGGGGUUGGGAAAGACAACUCUUGCCCAAAAGGUAUACAAUCACCCUAAAGUGAGGCGCUGCUUUGAUGGCAUUGCUUGGGUAUAUGUAUCACAAACUUGGCAAAAGGAAGACAUAUUGCAACGGAUCUUGCUAAGCCUAAUCCCAGAAAAGAGAGAAGAAAUAGUGAAGUGGAGGGAUGAGGAGCUGGUCAGACAACUUUUUCAAAUCCUGCAAAAUAAGAAAUGUCUUGUGGUUCUUGACGACAUUUGGGCCACAGAACCAUGGGAAUGUAUAAAGCAAGCAUUUCCAAUUAGAAACGACGGAAGCAAGAUCUUAGUUACCUCUCGCAAUAAAGAUGUGGCUUUGCAUAUUGAUCCCAAUGGUUUUCACCACCAACCGCGCUUUUUAAGUGAGGACGAAAGUUGGCAGCUGCUUCAGAGGAAAGCUUUACGGGGCAGGUUUCAUGGAGAACAUGAAGAUUUAAAAAAAUUGGAAAACUUGGGGAAGGAAAUGGUGAAAGCAUGUGGGGGUCUUCCAUUGGCUGUGAUAGUACUCAGCGGAACUCUUGCCACCAAGAAGGACCUGAAUGAGUGGGCGACUGUCAAUAGAAACAUUAAAGCUCAUCUUGGAAGAGGAAACAACUUGAUCAAAGAAGAAGGAAAUCUGCACAAGAUAUUAGCUUUAAGCUACAAUGACUUGCCCUACAAAUUGAAGCCUUGCUUCCUUUACCUGAGUAGAUAUGAAGAAGACUCUGACAUAGGCACAGAGAAAUUGUACCAGUUAUGGAUUGCAGAGGGUAUAAUAUCAACAAAAGAUCAGAUUGGUGAAGAAUCAAUGAUGGAUGUAGCAGAAAGAUACCUGGGAGAAUUAGUAACACGGUGCAUGGUUCAAGGUAAAGCCCCUGAUGAUGAUGAUGUGAUGCUGUCCUCCGCUGGAAGAUCAUUUGCAUCGUGUCGCCUUCAUGACUUAAUGAGAGACCUCAGUUUGGUCAAGGCCAAAGAGGAGAAUUUCUUGUUAUCCAAAAGCUAUUAUCAUGAUGGAAUUCUCAAUGAGUAUGGCAAUAAUGAUCACUCACAAGUUUACCGUCUAGCCGUCCAUUUUUCUAAGGAGGAUGUAAGGAAAUAUGUCCCUCCAGCUGAGAAGAGACAUACUAGGCACCUGAGGUCACUCGCCUUGUUGGUCUCAGGUAAUGAUGGUUAUGAAGGGCGUCUUCCUAAGAAAAUGAAGUCUCAAUUCAAUCGGUUCAAAAUGCUCAGAGUGUUGGCCAUUGAAGGGCUCUGUCCUGCGUUGUCUGGAGAUCGCACACUUAAAAGUGAAUUUCUCCGAGUAGCAGAUCACUUGAGGCUCCCAAAAGCUAUUGGGGAGCUGAUCCACCUGCGAUACUUGAGUUUGAGACGUUCAAUUUUCCUCUGUUUGCCAUCAUCCUUGGGCAACUUACAAAACUUGCAGACACUUGAUUUACGGGCUGGAGAAGAUCCCAUGGAGACACUGGAAAGGCUUCCUAAUCUACGAUCACUUCACUUGCAAUAUAGAUCUUUUCUCGGCAAAGAGAUGAGGUGCAAGGCAACGGGUUUUGGCCAACUUAGAUUUCUUCGUUUUGAGCGUCUACCGAACUUAGAGAAGUGGAAUGUUGAUGAAGGAGCCAUGCCCAACCUUUCGGUCUUGACGAUUGUAUAUUGCCUAAAUCUGGAGAUGGUUCCCAGUGGAUUGAAAUUCGUUACAACUCUGAAAGAGUUGAACAUUGUGCGGAUGCCAAAGAAAUUCACAGAUAGGAUCCAAGCAGCAAAUGGUCAUGAAGAUCAGGGACAGGAUUUUGACAAAGUCUCCCAUAUACCCUCUAUUAAUGUCCGUAAUGUUUCAUCGGACCAAGCAUGGUUGAUCAGUUAG